AUGCGGCGAUGGUCUGUUCCACUGUGGGGUAGGAGACAACUGCAGCGGUGGGGCCCGGUCGGAAUUUGUAGGAUGGCGUCUGGAGGACACGCUGCUCACGACGUUCGUCUGCACCCUACAGAGCCGUUGGCGGGUGCCUUGGAAAUGAGUGCCAAGGGGCGGUUGGAGGUUCUGCCACCAUGGCCAGUCGAUGCAAUUGAGUUCAAUACAAGAAUCCCUAACGGAGGACACGAUAAACGCCGUGCGCACGAAGAACAAAUGGCCCGCAUUGCGUGUCCCAAAGACUUACCAUUGGAUUCUGAACCGGUACACAGUGGUGAAAUACCACCUCCACAAUUGCCCACGGAGCGGCAGUGGUGUGAAGUUCAUCGUGUAGAGAAAACGGAAGAGGGGAUACGUACUCUUGCUUUAGGUGGGUGGGUGUGUGGGUCGUGUUUCCGUUGUAUGCCACAUCGUUCUCGCUCAGUCUGCGACUUCUGCCAAACCAUUCGACACGAUGCGGUGAAGGCAGUGGCAGGCUGGCGUGAAGAUCCCACCACUUGGUUUUGCAGUCGAUGCCGUGAGUUUAACUUUGAACGUGACUUGGCCUGCCGCUCGUGUAGCUUGCGGAGAGAUGAGCAGAAUGAAUUACAUGUGACGCAUCAUGAGCGGGUGGGGGAUGAGAUUCAGCGUGCCCCGGUGGGCUCAGUGAUUGUGACACGGAAUCGCAUUGUAAGGUGGCGUUGUCCGUCGUGUCAGGAGUCCAACGCUCUCCAAUCGUCAAUUUGUCGAAAUUGCAACAAGGGUCGUUUUGAGUUUGCCGUCUUUUGCCCUAAUUGUAAGGCGUCGCAGAUGUUGAGUAACAAGCAAAUGUAUGGCUCUGAGCCGGCUGAUUACAUCCAUGUAUCACGCCCAUUUGGUCUACACAAUUGCUUUCCUCGUUUGGCCCCGGAGCAGCACUGUAAAGCGUGUAAAAGUCCUUUGCAUGGCGCGACUGCCUCCUCCCGAAGCGACGCAUGGCUUUGCGCCUGCGGGCAGGUCGGUAAUCCCGCCACCCUCUCCUGUCCGAGGUGUCGAUUUCCGCGGCGCCUGCCUCAAACCGCCAUACUAGGAGAGCUGCUGCGUGUUUGGGAUUUUGCAGGAACAACAAAUUGGUUCUGUGAGAGCUGUAACCAUGUAAACAAGGCAUCACGCCACGUUGUAGCGUUGGAGCGUCAUGACCCAUCGUCGCCUGUAGACAGAAACGCUUCAAAUGAGAAGGCUGCAGCGUGGAAGGUGGACCGCGUUUUGCAUGGCUUUUCCCAUUGCGAGCGCUGCGGGGUUCCAUGGCACCAUCAGCCUCUGAACGAUGGCCAGCACUGGCUCUGUGCCUGCCACAAGGUGAACCGCAACGAAGAUGCGCACUGCCAAGUGUGCCAACUGCCCGCAGUGGACGGCAUUCGCUCCGACGUGCUCUCCUUCUGGUCGCGAGGCGACUGGUACUGCGUGGAGUGUCACCGCCAGAACUACAGGGAGAAAGUGGUCUGCACCUGCGGUAAGAAGCGCCCCAAGGAAUGA